AUAAUUGUCGUUCUGGAUAUGGAUGAAUGCCUCAUUCAUUCGCAAUUCUUGUCUUCGACUUCCGCUGCCUAUGCGCAUCAACUCCAACAACAACGACAAAAUCGUCACCGCAACGGCUCCGUAGAGACCUUUCAGGUAUCGCUCCCGGAAGGCGAUUUAGUUCACGUGCACAUGCGCCCGGGAUUGCCCGAGUUUUUAGCGCGGGUGACGGAAAAGUACGAAACACACAUCUUUACCGCUGCCAUGCCCAUCUACGCCAAGCCCGUCUUGAAGCGCUUGGAUCCCCACCAGAAUCUGACCGCGCACUGGUACCGGGACUCUUGUACCUUUCAUCCGACCACCAACGCGUACGUGAAACAGCUCGAAGUCCUGCCGCCCCUGGCCACGAACGAUUUAUCUCGCGUCGUCCUGGUGGACAAUAAUCCGUUGUCCUUCUUGGCCAACCCGGACAACGGUAUUCUCGUGUCGAGUUUUUAUGACGAUCCUCACGAUGAUACGCUCGAAGCGGUUUGGAAACUUUUGCAAGAGCUCGAGGACGUGCCGGAUGUCCGGCCCACGCUGCGUUCGCGUUUUGGACUCCAGAAAGCCUUGGAGCAG